UAGGGAUUUCCGGCUCCGGUGUCAUGGACGCCUCCUACACUGAAGGUGAACACACCGCGGUCUGCGGGAAGAGGCAGCAGUUUGGGAGCCGGUUUCUGAGCGACCCGGCGCGCGUCUUCCACCACAAUGCCUGGGACAGUGUGGAGUGGUCAGAAGAGCAGGCCGCGGCGGCGGAGAGGAAAGUCCAGGAGAACAGUACCCAGCGGGUGUGCCAGGAGAAACAAGGUGCGCCCAGUUGAUUAUGAGAUCAAUGCCAACAAAUACUGGAAUGACUUCUACAAAAUCCAUGAAAAUGGGUUUUUCAAGGAUAGACAUUGGCUUUUUACUGAAUUCCCAGAGCUGGCACCUAGCCAAAACCAAAAUCACUUGAAGGCUUUGCUCUCAGAGAACAAGGGGAGUGAAGUACCUGUGUGUAGAAGCAGUGAGGAUGGAUCUGGUUUAAUAAUAGAAGCACAGCACAGUUGUUCUUCAGUCAGCCUUGGACGUAAAACACAGCCACCUCCUGUGGAAGAGAAUGUAACUCAGAAACUCCGUCACCUGGAAAUCUGUGCUGAUGAGUUUCCUGGAUCCUCAGCCACCUACCGAAUACUGGAGGUUGGUUGUGGUGUGGGAAACACAGUCUUUCCAAUUUUACAAACUAACAAUGAUCCAAGACUCUUUGUUUACUGUUGUGAUUUUUCUUCCACAGCUGUAGAACUGGUCCAGACAAAUUCAGCAUAUGAUCCUUCUCGGUGUUUUGCCUUUGUUCACGACCUGUGUGAUGAAGAUAAGAGUUACCCAGUGCCCGGGGAUAGUCUUGAUGUCAUCAUCCUCAUAUUUGUUCUCUCAGCAAUCAUUCCAGACAAGAUGCAGAACGCUAUCAACAGGCUAAGCAGGCUUCUGAAGCCUGGAGGGAUGAUGCUUCUGCGAGAUUAUGGCCGCUAUGACAUGGCUCAGCUUCGGUUUAAAAAAGGUCAGUGUCUGUCUGAAAAUUUCUAUGUGAGAGGCGAUGGCACCAGAGUGUACUUCUUCACACAAGGUAUGAAAGCACUCGUCUUUAUGCUGACAGCCCCCACAGGGCCAGAUUACAUGUUCCUCCGUGUGCUUUCAGAAGUGAAAUCAUCUGGCCCCUUCUAUCUUUCGCAGCCUCUUCUCUGCCCUUCCCCACCUCUCAGCCUACCUUCAGCCACCUUGAACCACUCACUGCUCCAAGUAGGCUCAGCUUGUCGGAUCCUUCUGUCCCUCCUUUGCUCUUCUACUGGCUGCUCUUCCUCUCUAUCACUUUGUCCAAAACAGGAACCUGCCCAUUUUGCAAGACUCCACUGUAGCUGUUUCAGGCUCUAAGCUGGGUUGUACCUUAGGUGCACCUUAGUUACGGUGAACUCAUGGCCCCCUGGGUUCUAGGUAUAACUCAGAACUGCUCUCCUCUGCUGCUUGUCCUGCUGCCGGUUUCCUCCUCCUCCAGUGCCUUAUGAAUACUUCAUUCCUGGGCCGUUUGUCAGGUCACAUACUUUUUUGAACCUUUAGUUAGUGAUGGAACCUCUCUCCUAAAAAAAAAAAAAAAAAAUGGCCUUGACAUGCCAUAUAUGUCAAUUUUUGCAUAUAAUUGUAAGGUGUACGUAGAACCCUAGAAAAUUCUUUCUCAUCAGCUUAACUUUUAGAGAGGUUCUCCCUGUGGGUUCCAGGCUGCCAUUCACUCAUGGUUUGCCUUCCCCUACCUAAAUGUGGACUUCCUGCUACCAAGCCACUACUGCAUGUGUAACUAAACAAUACUGCUCAAGCCAUUUAAAAUCUAUAAAUAAGGACAGCAAUCUCACAGAGUGCCAUUUAACGUGGGAAGUGGUAGGCACAGUGCUUUUUCUUCAGGGGAAAAUAUAUAAACAUCUCUUUCCAAACUAGAUGAACUGGACGCACUUUUCACUACUGCUGGACUGGAAAAGGUUCAGAACCUGGUGGAUCGCCGGUUGCAAGUGAAUCGAGGGAAACAACUGACAAUGUACCGAGUUUGGAUUCAGUGCAAAUAUCGUAAGCCUCUUCUGUCC